AUGGUGGAUGGUUCACAUCCACCGACUUUUGAUCCCAACACUUCAGCACAUAAAUGCAAGCUCCAAAAGAUAGGCAAUUUGGUUGCAGAGAUCCCCCGAAGCACCAGAGUUCAUAUUACUGGAUUAAAUUCAGGAACUUCAUACCAGGUCACUGUUUUUUCGCAAACAGCCAAUGGAGUUAAAGGAGACCCUCAAAUGAGAAGAUUCAAGACAAAUUCGAGUCAAGUUAUUAAUUUCCAAAUUGCGGAAGUGAGUGAUACUAGAGUGUAUUUGACUUGGGAGAACAGUGAUAACUCGUCAUCCAGCUAUACAUAUAGAAUACACGUUGCUGGGGAUGGUCCUUCCUUUGACCAGAAUUCUAAUGUUACCAAUGUUAGCAUCACAGGGCUCAAUUCUAGCACAUUAUAUAACUUCACAGUGUAUCCUAAAAGGAACCAUGAUCCUGAAGGUCAGCCAGCCUUUACCCAGGCUUACACAGCACCCCGUCCGGUUUCAGACUUUAGAGUACAGAGUUUCAACACAACCAGCAUUGACUUAGCUUGGAGCAGUGAGGCUUCCUCCUUCAGGAUCCUUGUUAAAGAACUCGUGAAUAAUUCGUUCACCCGUAAUGAGACAUACAAAGAAAAACAGCUUCUAGUUACAGACUUAAUACCUGGAACCCCUUAUUGUAUUGAAAUAUUUCCUCAAGCUCCGGAUGGAAGGGAAGGAAUCUCUCAAAAAUUGGAACAAACUACUGAACCAAGUGCCAUUUCACACAUUGAAGUUGUAAGUGUUAACACAACGACGAUACAUUUAAAAUGGCAGAAUGAAGACAGUGCAUCCCCAGGGUAUCUCUAUCACCUGCUCGUAAAACAAGAUGGAUUGUCAAUCUUAAACCUUACAACCAGCUCCCUCAAUGAGACCAUUAAAGGUCUGAUGCCGGGGACACUCUAUACUGUCACCAUCUAUCCAGAAGUAGGAAAUGGGACGGAAGGGAGUUCCGUGUCGAAAGCUGUGUACACAAGACCUAGCCCAGUGUCGAGCAUCAGUAUUUCAAGCAUCAGUACCACAGAUGUAAUCUUAAACUGGCAAGAACCUGACAUUGCCUCCACCCACUACACCUAUUUCAUCAUUCUUGUUGAGAGACAGUCCACCAACUCAAUAUCAAAAUACAAAAACCAGACAUCGAACUUUAGAAAUGUUACAAUCACAGACCUGAACCCUGGUACUUCUUAUGAAGCUAUCAUUUAUUCUCAAGUUGGAGAGAAUGCUCUUCAGGGAGAACCUGGUCAUAAAUCCUUCUGUACAGAUGCUGCAUCUGUGGCUUUCUUUAAGUGCAAUCCAGUGCCCAAGCAAUCAACCCUCACUUUAAGAUGGCCUUGCCCCCCUGGCAGGAACAGUGGCUUCAAUAUGACUAUCCGUAGUGGGGAAUGGAGCAGGGAAAUAAAUCUCCCACCCUGCUAUUCAACGAAUUUGUCUGAUGACUUAAAUGGAACCUACGUGGCACAUCUAAAUUAUUCUACCUCCUACGACAUCAGCCUCACCACUCUGUCUUGUGGGGGAGAGAGUUUCCCCAAACAGAAUGUUUGCCAUACUAGUAUCACAGACCCACCACCUCCAGAUGGAUUGCCAAAUAUUUCCCCCAUCAACCAUAAUUCAUUAAAAGUAAAAUUUGGCAAGUUUGAGGCAAGCCAUGGACCAAUAACAGCUUAUGCGAUCAUCCUUACAACAGACAGAAGUGGCAACAAGUCUUCUGUUGACUUUUUGAACUAUACCUACAAUGAUUUCAAGAAAGGACUCUCGAAGACCUACGUGACUUACCUCAUGACCAUUACAGGGGACAGAGCUGCCUCUGACCUGUCUGAUGCCUUGAAGUAUGAAGUCAUUGUGGGAAAUGAAUCGACCACAGAUGGCUAUUAUAAUGGGAAAUUGGAACCCCUCAGUUCCUAUCGGGCUUGUAUUGCUGGCUUCACCAAUAUUACCUUUGACAGCCUUCACCCUGGGCUCAUCGACGGUACAGAAAGCUACGUAUCAUUCAGCCUCUAUUCGGAUCCUGUCUCUUUACCUCAGAAUCCAGCUGUUAUCUGCGGCGCUGUCUUUGGGUGUAUCUUUGGUGCCCUGGUGAUCGUGGCCGUUGGAGGCUUUAUUUUCUGGAGAAGGAAAAGGAAAGAUGCAAAGAAUAGUGAUGUGUCAUUUUCUCAAAUUAAAUCCAAAUUAAUUAAAGUGGAGAAUUUUGAAUCCUACUUUAAGAAACAGCAAGCCGACUCCAAUUGUGGUUUUGCAGAAGAGUAUGAAGAUCUAAAGCUCAUUGGUGUUAAUCAACCGAAAUUUGCAGCUGAGAUUCCAGAAAAUAGAGGAAAGAACCGAUAUAAUAAUGUCCUUCCAUAUGACAUUUCCCGUGUGAAGCUUUCAAUCCAAACACAGGUGACGGAUGACUACAUUAAUGCCAAUUAUAUGCCGGGCUACUACUCCAAGAAAGACUUUAUUGCCACUCAAGGACCCUUACCGAACACGUUAAAAGACUUUUGGCGUAUGGUUUGGGAGAAAAAUAUUUAUUCUAUUGUUAUGCUGACAAAGUGUGUUGAACAGGGAAGGACUAAAUGUGAGGAAUACUGGCCUUCCAAACAAACCCAGAACUAUGGGGAUAUAACUGUUGCCAUGACAUCAGAAAUCAUUCUUCCAGAAUGGACGAUAAGGGAUUUCACAGUGAAAAACAGCAAGACCAGCGAGAGCCACCCUCUGCGCCAGUUCCAUUUUACUUCCUGGCCGGAUCACGGUGUGCCAGACACCACAGACCUGCUCAUCAACUUCCGAUACCUGGUCAAUGAUCACAUGAAGCAGAGCCCUCCCGAGUCCCCCGUGCUGGUACACUGCAGUGCUGGAGUGGGCAGGACGGGUACAUUCAUUGCCAUAGACAGACUCAUCCAUCAGAUGGAGAAUGAAAAUGCCGUAGACGUGUACGGGAUUGUAUAUGACCUCCGCCUGCAUCGACCCCUGAUGGUGCAAACAGAGGAUCAGUAUGUCUUCCUCAAUCAGUGCGUUUGGGAUAUUAUCAAAUCUCAGAAAGACUCCAAAGCUGAUCUCAUCUACCAAAACACGACAGCCAUGACCAUCUAUGAGAACCUCGCGCCAAUGACUGCUUUUGGGAAGACAAAUGGAUACAUCGCUUAAUUCCAAAGGAAAACCUUCUUGGCCAGGACUUCCUGGGCCCGGCGCCCCCACAGUAAAGGGAAAUG